AAAUAAAGCCUGUUUUGGAGGGACCAAAGGCGGCAAAGCAAUGUCCGGCAUGUGACUGUCACCUGCUCUCUUGCCCCUCUCUCUCUCCUCCUCUCUCCAAUCUCCCACCAAUGUCUUCCACUUCCAGGUCUCUGAGAUCGUCCAUUUCGCCUUUCCGGUCAAGAAAGUCGUCCGCACCGCCGCCAGCGGCGCCGAAGGGCGGAGCUCGACCGACGACUCCUUCUACGACUUCAUCGAAGACUACGUCGAAGCCGACGAUUUCUACUGUAACUUCGACUAGUGCUCCUGUGCCGAAGGGCGGAGCUCGACCAACGACUCCUUCUACGACUUCGUCGUCCAAGCCUCCGUCAAAGUCGCUAAUUUCUCCGAUUACUUCGGCUAGUCCGCCGACGCCGACGACCUUAGACCGGACUGAUGCGAGCAAAACCAAAGAGAAUGUGACGGUCACAGUCAGGUUUCGUCCCCUCAGUGGUAGGGAGAUUAACAAAGGGGACGAGAUUGCUUGGUAUGCAGAUGGAGAUUAUACAGUUCGUAAUGAGUACAACACUUCCAUUGCUUAUGGGUUCGAUAGAGUGUUUGGACCAGCAACAACUACUCGGCAUGUUUAUGAUGUUGCUGCCCAUCAAGUCGUAAGUGGUGCCAUGGAAGGAAUUAAUGGUACUGUAUUUGCAUAUGGUGUUACUAGCAGUGGAAAGACUCAUACAAUGCAUGGGGAACAAAAAUCACCUGGAAUCAUUCCAUUGGCAGUGAAGGAUGUCUUUGGAAUUAUACAAGAGACGACUGGGCGGGAGUUUCUCCUUCGUGUUUCCUACCUGGAAAUCUACAAUGAGGUCAUCAAUGACUUGCUUGAUCCAACAGGGCAGAAUCUUAGAAUAAGAGAGGAUGCUCAGGGAACUUAUGUUGAAGGGAUCAAAGAGGAAGUUGUUCUGUCUCCUGCUCACGCUCUUUCUUUGAUAGCAUCUGGUGAAGAGCAUAGGCAUGUGGGUUCUACUAAUUUUAAUUUACUUAGCAGUCGGAGCCACACUAUAUUUACAUUGACUAUUGAAAGCAGUCCAUGUGGGGAGAAUCAGGGGGAAGAUGUGACCUUGUCGCAGUUGAAUUUGAUUGAUCUGGCAGGAUCUGAAAGUUCUAAAACAGAGACAACCGGAUUGCGUAGAAAAGAGGGUUCCUACAUUAAUAAAAGCUUACUAACUCUUGGAACUGUGAUAUCUAAAUUGACAGAUGUAAAGUCCACCCAUAUUCCCUUUAGAGAUUCGAAACUCACACGUAUGUUGCAGUCGUCCCUUAGUGGCCAUGGACGGGUUUCUCUUAUUUGCACUGUUACACCUGCAUCUAGCAAUAGUGAAGAAACACACAAUACACUGAAAUUUGCACAUCGGAGCAAGCAUGUGGAAAUCAAGACUUCUCAGAAUAAGAUUAUGGAUGAGAAGUCCCUCAUUAAAAAGUAUCAGAAGGAAAUUUCCAGUUUAAAACAAGAGCUUCAGCAGUUAAAGCGUGGCAUGAUGGAAAAUCCAUAUCUGAUGCGCUCUAACCAGGAAGAUCUGGUUACUUUGAAGCUUCAGUUAGAAGCUGGACAGGUUAAAUUACAAUCAAGACUGGAAGAGGAGGAACAAGCUAAAGCAGCUUUGAUGGGUAGGAUUCAGAGAUUGACUAAACUAAUUUUAGUUUCUACGAAAAAUACUAUGCCAUCAAAUGUUCCAAUGAAGGCUGAUCAUAGACGGAGGCAUUCUUUUGCGGAAGAUGAGCUAGCAUAUUUGCCAGAUAGAAAACGGGAAUACAUGAUUGAUGAUGAUGUGGGUAGCAUUGACUCUGAAAUUUCAGUUGACGGAAGGAAUGAUGUAACGAAUCUAGAUGAGCUGGUUAAAGAUUAUAAAAGGAACAGGAGACGUGGAAUGCUUGGUUGGUUUAAGCUAAAAAAGCCUGAUAAUCUGGUUGGUUUAUCAACAAGUGCUGACACUGAGAGCUCUGCAAGUGGGUCACCUGCAUCCUAUUCAAAAUCAUCGCAAAAAAAAGUCUUAUUCAGUGAUAUGAAAGAUGGUCAGAGAAAAUCUGUCAGUAGAAGGGGGGGUGAUCCUUCGGUUGUUGACUCUCUUCCUGACAGAACCCAAGCGGGUGACUUGUUCAGCGCUGCUGUUGGAGGUCGUCGUCUACCUUCGAGUGGGACCACUAUUACCGAUCAAAUGGAUCUUCUCCGAGAGCAGGUGAAAAUGCUAGCUGGGGAGGUAGCACUGUGUACCAGUUCUCUUAAGAGACUGUCAGAGCAAGCAGCUAGCAGCCCAGCAGACUCGCAACUUCAGGAACAAAUGCAAAAGUUGAAGGAUGAAAUUAGAGAAAAAAAACUUCAAAUGCGUGUAUUGGAGCAACGUAUGAUUGGAUCAGUUGACAUGACUCCACAUACUUCAAAUAGCAUUGAAAUGUCGCAGGCCCUAUCCAAGCUUGCUACUCAGCUCAAUGAAAAAACUUUUGAACUCGAGAUUAAAUCAGCUGACAAUAGGAUACUCCAGGAGCAGCUACAAGUGAAGACAUCAGAGAAUGCUGAGAUGCAAGAAACGAUUCUUCUGUUAAGAAGACAACUUGAUUCUAUGUUAUCAGAUAAAUCUUCAAGCUACCAUCAACAACAACCUGCAGAUGAUGACGUUACCAUACUCAAGAAAAAUGAAGGGAUGGAUGGGGUUCAAGUAUGUGAAGAAACUCGUAUUGAUGAAAAUACACCAACAAGUGUUAUGAGUUUGAAUAGAAUAUUCUCCCAAGAGGAUUCCAAGGAGUGUAAUAAUGAUUCUUUUUUGAAUUCCCAGCUUCUUAUGCAGGCUGCUGAGAUUGAGUCAUUGAAGCAAGAGAAGGUUAAAAUGACUGAAGAAAAGGAUGGGCUUGAAAUUCACAGCCAAAAAUUGGCCGAGGAAGCUUCAUAUGCUAAAGAGCUGGCAGCAGCUGCAGCAGUGGAGCUUCGGAACUUGGCUGAAGAAGUUACCAAACUUUCUUACCAAAAUGCCAAACUGACCGCUGACCUGUCCGCUGCAAAAGAAGCCUGUUGUAGUUCGAACUUCUGUCAAAAGUCAGUUGCAUUCGAUCUGAAGCAAAAUUGCAGCAAUGGUGCUAAACCUAAUGCACGGUCAAGAAAACCAGAGGAUGGUGUAUUGGUGGAGGAGUUGCAACAAGAACUUAACACGAGAUACUACAGAGAAGCUUCUUUGGUUGGUGCAUUAUCUGAAAGAGAUAAAGCAGAAUCUGAGCUGCGAAAAGCACUUGACCAAUCAAAGCAAAGUGAAGAACAUCUGGAAAAUGAGCUGGCCAAUAUGUGGGUGCUUGUUGCAAAGAUGAGGAAGUCUGGCAUUGAUAAUGAAGGCACACUGUCUGAAGGAUUUCGUGCAUCUGAUAUUUUGCAAUCAAGAUCCGGAUAUGAUUAUUCUUCAUCUAAUGGUCACACAAAUAAAAUAUUUGAAAAGGAUGAGAUCAAUGAAGACAUUAAUGAGAUAAGUACAUAUGAAGAACUCAAAGCUAGCUAUCAUAUAGAAAGGAGAAGGUGCAAAGAACUUGAAAGUUUUGUUUCGAGAUUGAAGGGCGAUGAUAUUUCCGAUCUGGAUACUACUACUCUUGAAGAACUGCAAAACCUUCAUGUUGAGGCCAUAACCAAGAUUUGCCAUGCAAAGUGCUCAAAUCACGCCUUAUAACAUGCUCAAAAUGGGCUUUGACCUUUUUUGGUAUUAUGCAAAUAUUAGCACUAACGACUCAUUUGUCGAGCAGUGACGAGCAUUUUCCUGAAACUAACUUUGUGUGGCUAACUUGUAGCAGUAAUUGAACAAGACACCUUUGUUUAAAAUCUUUUUAUGUACAUUCUCGAGCUGUAAACCUUGUACGACUGAUCAAAUGUUGUAAUUGUAACAUAUAUAUAUAUAUAUAUAUAUAUAUACACAAUUGCUUGAAGCUGUUUUUUAUCUUCCAUGUUCAAGUCUCAAAACUUCGUCUACCGACCGGCUUACAGGUCUUGCCCAAACAAUGAAGUGCAGGACAAUGCUUCUUUAAUGUUUCCAA